AUGGCGCCAAGCAAGUCGCAUGGUACGGACGAGCACGGACUCAAACGAUCGUCAGGUGUAGAUUACAGUCAAGUUCGGGACCGGCAAAUUGAUGAUCACCGCUUUGAGCGUCAGCGUAUCAUUCGAGCAGCAUCGUCAGCGCCGCUUCCAGAAGAGAAGCGAAAGAAUGCCGGGUUGAAAGCUUCAGCUCCACUUUCCUCCACUAUGGAUGCCUUUAUGCGCAUGGUGACGGGCAAAGAGGAGCGUACUAUCGCUGACCGCAUCAGUGACCCGAACCGCCCCACGUGGGAGCAAUACAAGAAGGAGAACGCCGACAAAUUAGACCUCGGUAAGGAUGGAGAGAAGGAGAUGAAGGAGUAUCGGAAAAAGUUAGACUCUGCGAGGGAGAAAAGACUGGCGGGAAGCAGCAGUUUAAAAAAGAGGAAGAAAAAACACAAGAAACGCUCACGAUCUUCUUCAUCAGAUGAAAUUAGUGCUGAGGACGAGCACGGACACUCUAGACACAAGAGUCGGAAGAAAAGGAAAAUCCACAAGCGACAAAGGAAGUCCAUGGAUUCGGAUGACAGUGACAUGAAUUUCGAUGACGACCGCGCUCGACGAUCCAAACGCUCGAGAAAGAGCAAGAAAUUAUCGCUUAAAACAGAUCGAAACGCGUCUCCUUCACCUGUGCGUCUCUCUUCGUUCCUUCAUCAAUCGAGCAACAGUUUAGACGAUGGAUCUACUUAG